AUGGGCAACGAGCGAAAUAAAACCGGGGAGAUGGAGGCGAAGACGGAGACUUGGCGAGGCCAGCUGAGAGCAAUGAACGAGCGCUUCGAGGAGCGUCUCGACGAGAGCGUCUUCGAGGGCGUGCGGGACGAGAGGGUACACCACGGCCUCAAACUCACCGCCUCCACGGUGCUCUACAAAAGCUUCGUCGAUCUCUGCUUUUGCGACCGGACAAAGGAGUAUCUGGUGCUGGAAAAAGGCGUCGCGGUGCACCGGUACUCGAUGCAGGGCAAACUUUUGCAGCCAUCGUUCAGUUUGGAAGCACAGCAGACGUUCACGCGGAUGAUUUGGUGCGACGGUGCGACCGAGUGUCUCGCCUGCUACGAUCCGGACGGCGAGCAAAUCUGGAUCAUGACAUCCUCGUGCGUUCUCCUGCAAACGAUUAAAAACGAAUUCCUUACGAGGGCCGUUUUUCACGAUCGAGUCGCUAAUCAGAUCGUCGUUUUCGAUACGCAUCAGUCCCUCAAGUACCCGCUCGACGAGGCCGAGGUAAAAGACCUGGAGUCAACGAAGGCCCUGUCCUACAGCGAUCCCGAGUUCGGUCCUACCUGGCAGCUCGACCACGCGGCUCUGGUACCCCAACAACCCAGCCAAGCGCUGUUGGCAGCCUCGCACAUGGCCAUACUGUACCUAGUGCCGCUCGACCCGAUCGAGGACGAGGAGGACGAGGAGGGCACCGGCAGCGCGUAUCUAAAGAGGCGGCUCAACGCCACCAAAGCGCCCAUCACGGCUGUGCACUUCAACGCCUCCAGCUCGUGGGUGGUGGUCGGCGACCAACAGGGCAACGUGACGGCCUGGAACUUGAGCCUCGAGUGCGUGCUGUCUCACGGGGGGGCGCACGACUCGCGGGUGCGCUGGCUCGCGUCGCACCCGUCGAUCAACGGCUUCCUCAGUUACUCGCACAACAGCAACGUCGACUCGCGGCUGCAGGUCUGGAGUUGCAACUUCCGGGGGAAAAUUGAGUCCUUUUGCGAGCUCGGGCGCGUCCUGGGAGUCGCGGUCGUCGAGUCGGUGGCGGCAGUCGUCCUCCUGACCGCCCCAAAGCUCCUCUACCUCACCAUGCGCCAGGCCUACGGGUUUUUCGCUCCGCUCACGUGCCCGACGAGGAGCUUGCUGUCGUCGUGGAACCCGAUGUACCGGGGGAAAAUCGUCGCCGCCAGCGAGGACAACAGCGUCAGGGUGUUCUCGCCGCACGGGAGACAGCUGAACGUGCAAAUAUUGCCGGGGAGUCCUCUGCACGUCGUCGCUUCCGUGUACAGUGGAAACAGAGAUCGACUGUACACGAUUAUCCUGAGGACCGGGGAGAUACUCGUGAGCGACGCGAGCGUGUGUCCGAUGAAGUUUUUACACGUGUUUGUGAGCGACGAGCUUGAAAUGACCUGUGUGGCCGUCUACGAGUACUUUGAGGAGAUUCGCGACGAAACUGGUCGUCCAAAGAAACCACGUUUGUUCAAUGCCAUCAGAGUUCGUAUUGUCGCGGGUACCAAGGACGGAAAGCUCGUCGUUAUAAACGAAAACACGGGAAAGCACGAGUAUGUUUGUCAGGCUCACAAUGGACGGGUGAUUCAAUUGAAGUCGUUCGUGGCGUCGCAACGCGUCGUCUCCCUGGGAAUCGACAGAAGCGUCAAAGUCUGGCGCGUCUUUGCCGAUCUUGCCAAUCCCUUGGCGCUGUAUUACACUUUGAACUUCACCACUUCCAUCGGCCACGUCUCUUUGAUCGGCCUCAUACUCUGUAUGGCCAAGAGUUCAAUCAACAGUUCGAUGCACCAACUACUCAUGGAGGACAUGCAGAGCAGAGUCCGUCUGGAGCACCACAACUCCAAAGAUCACACUGAGCUAAUAGUGGAUGUAAUAACUUCCGAGUCGUUGGAAAUAUGCGCGACGUCAUCCUUGGAUAACACGAUUCGGAUCUGGGACGAGGACAAUUGCCUCCUCAAGAUACUAGAAAUCAACACCUGUGCGCAACUAGCGGUAUUUUCAUCCGUUUUGGGUGAUAUUGUCUUCAACGCCGGACGACACCUGUACAAAAUUCCACACGAAAAUUAUUUGUCGCCAAAGUAUCGGGCAAAAAUCGUGGCGAAGGAACUGUCAAGGGAAGCGGACGAAGAUGCCGUUGUCGAAGACCCGCAGUACGGAGUUUACGACGAUAUCGUUGACAGGAAUUUGAUGGUUCGACCGGUUGUCAGUACGCCACUGGCUUCGUUGGAUGUGACCAAUUCGGAUAAGCCUAGGCCAGAUGAUUUGAUCCGACAACAAAUAUGCGGUCUGUACGAGUAUAGGGACGAAGAUAUAAGAAAAACACGGGAUUAUCAGAUCGAGCCUCGGAAGAGAGUCUCUGACAGAGCACUGAUGACGACGGAUGUUUGGAACAAAUACGUGGACGAUUUGCUGAGUAGCAUGACGCGAUUCGUUCCCGAAGUACCCGAAUAUGAUUUUAAAAAUCUCAAAGAACAACAAUCGGAAGAAAAGAAAGCCUACAACGACCGGGGAAUCUUUCAAAUGCGCUUUGGUUACAGUCCAGAUGAGAUCGAAAACCUCGAAAAUCUAGAAGAAUUAAUGAAGGAUACAAAACUUCCUUUGCAUGGCUUUUUACCAAAUUCAAUUUUGUACAAGCGGAAAGAAAAGGAGAGCCCCAUAGUUUAUGUUGCCGAAGAACCAAUAAUUAAAAAGGAACCCGUAAAAUACAAAUAUCCUCGUGAAUUUUAUCCAGAAGAAGAAGAAGAAGAAGAAGAGGAGGAAAGAAGACCAUCGAUCAGACUGUCGCAGCUCAUGGGAAUGGAUAACGCAAAUGUAGAAAAUGAGACUUGAUCACGGAUGCCGUUCACUUUCAAAAUCUUUAAUUACAAAAUAUUCAAUAGAUCAAUUAUGUACAAAACCACCAUCUUUAAACAAUAAAAGUCUUUAUAACUA